AUGCCUCUUUCAUGGGACCCUAGACGAAUGUGGUCAGAUAAUCCUUCGGCAGCUGGUGCAUCCAAAGCCCUACCGAAUGAGGAGAUCGUCACCGACUCCUCCCCCAAGGCUGUCUCCACUGCAUUCGCCGCACGGUCAGCUUCACCUAAACGCUUCCGUUUUGUCAAGGGCGUCUCUAGGCCAAAGAAGCGCCGAAGAGCAAACUCGCCAAAGGAGCAAGCAAGUCGAUCAGCUGUAACAGAAAGCUCGCCGGUUACCCCAGAGAUUGUGCGUAGAACGGCAGCGCAGAACUCGGAGUCAUUUGAUGACCACCAAAGAGCUAAUAGCUUAGCUGGUCUGGCUGAUAGGGCUGUUGAGCCGGCGUUACAUAAUCUACAAACCAGCUCAAUCUCAAUAGCUCAGAAUAUUGAUAUGUUCCGAGAUGAACCAGAGCAAAACGUUCUAGGUGAUUUGGUCCCAAGAACCACUCAAGAACCCACAAACCAUUAUGAUACGGCGCGCCUUGAAGCUGCUUCUAUGUUAUCCGAAAUCUCAUCAAACGACCAUGACAAGCUUCUUGAAUUAUUGUGCCCUCUCCGCUACCGGGAAUUGGUCAACUCACCUGACGCGGGCGCAUUCAGUGCUCCAAGCCCAUGGCGGCCCCAGCGCAUUGACGACACCUCGAAUUAG